CAUAAGGUCAAUACUCACACAUACUGCGAACAAACUGUCAUUAAUACGCUAGCUUUUCCGUGAGUCAAGGGUGUUGCAGCGCUCCUCAGACUUGCAACGCAACUUGCAAAUCCAUCGCUUCUACCUGAGUUGUCAUACACACACGAUUCCACCGACUAGCGCAGCCACAACCGCAGUCGUUUUCUUCCGGGAGUUUCACCCAUGCAGACGCAGCUCGCUCAACGACAGGCAGCAGGCCUGAAGGCGCCGCUGCGCUUCUGCUAUGUCGUUCCAGCUGCACGGAGUCGACGCGUGACGCUUUGUCGCGCGUUUGCGGAGAACGGAAACGGCGAAGCCAAAAAGGAGAAGCCUCAUAUUCACACCAGGCUUGCCAUAAUUGGUGGCGGCCCCGCGGCACACACCGCCGCUAUCUAUGCGGGCCGCGCUGAGCUGGAGCCCAUUCUGUUCGAGGGCUGGAUGGCUGCUGGCAUCGCGCCCGGCGGCCAGCUGACCACCACCUCCUUCGUGGAGAACUUCCCGGGCUUUGUGGAGCCCAUCAUGGGCUACGAGCUGACGGACAAGUUCAGGGCCCAGAGCGUGCGGUACGGCACCAAGAUCUACACGGAGACGGUCACCUCCAUUGACCUGCUGGUCAACAGCCCGGCCGGCCACACCGCGCUGCCCCCGGGUCUGUACGGUGCCGGCAGCAGCGCCAGCAGCCGCAGCUCCAUGGAGGACGUGGCGGCGCCGCCGCCGCCCGUGCUGGAGCCGUUGGCGGGGCGGGAGCACAAGCCGUUCGUGCUGCACACGCCGGAGCGCGUGGUGACGGCGGAUGCGGUCAUCAUCGCGACGGGCGCCAGCGCCAAGCGGCUGCGCUUCCCGGGCAGCGGCGACGAGGCGGAGGGCGGCUUCUGGAACCGCGGCAUCAGCGCCUGCGCCAUCUGUGACGGCUCCUCGCCGCUCAUCAGGAACAAGCCCGUGGCUGUUAUCGGCGGCGGCGACAGCGCUAUGGAGGAGGCCCUGUUCCUCACCAAAUACGCGAGCAGGGUGUAUGUCAUCCACCGCUUCAACUACCUGGAGGCGUCCAAGGCCAUGGCGCGGCGUGUGCUGGCCAACCCCAAGAUCGAGGUGCUGUGGUGCACCGAGGUCAAGGAGGCGCACGGCAACGAGCAGGGCAACCUGGGCUCUAUCACCAUCUCCCGCUCGCUGACUCCGGGCGGCGCGGUGGUGUCCACUGGCCUGGUCCCCGGCAUGAACCCAGUCAUGGCGGCGCCCGCCAAUGACGGCAAGCAGCCGUCGGUGACGCUGCAGCAGAUUGAGGUGAACGGGCUGUUCUUCGCAAUCGGGCACAAGCCGGCCACGGAGGUCUUUAAGGGGCAAGUGGAGCUCGACGAGUACGGCUAUGUGGUGUGCGCGCCAGGCACCUGCUCCACCUCUGUCCCCGGCGUGUUCGCUGCGGGCGAUGUGAUGGACUACAAGUACCGCCAGGCCAUUGUGGCGGCCGGCCGCGGCUGCAUGGCGGCGCUGGAGGCGGAGCGGUACCUGCAGGCGAUGGAGGGCGGCGCCAGCUCCGUGGCUGCGGCUGGCCUGGCCUCCGACCUGGUGCACACACACACGCAGUCCUACUCGGAAACCGCCAGCGCCCCUGUGGGUGCCGGCGCGGGCCGCGGACAGCCCACCGCGCGCUUCGACUUCGGAUCCACAGCCACCGACCUCGACCCCGAGCGCGUGUCCACCUCGGGCGGCGCCUAAGCGCGCGGGUGGUGGGGUUGGCGGCUGGCAGGCGGGGGUCCCUGUCGAGAUGGGGCCGCGCGGCGCGAUCGCGCUGGCAAGGCUGUGCUUGACUGGGUGUGGGUGUGCGUGGCGCGGUAUCUAACUCCGUGGCGGGCUUUAUUACAGGCAGCUUUGACGCUUUCAUGGUAGUUGAUCGUGGGCGCUUGGUGCAUCUUCUUUGGUUGAGAAUAGGCGCCGGCGUCAUGCAGCAAUGUGCGUGCGCACGCGCUCGCGCAGCCGCGACCGACUUGUCGUCAUCCUAACUUUCAUUUGGUCAGGAGGCUGGGGAGGGACUGGCGCACGAAGCAUAUUUGCUCGUGAGCCGCUUGGGCGGCAGCACGUAUGGGGCAUGUGAUGUAGACAUGCGGUGCGUGUGGCUGGGGCUUCUUGUACUGUGUGCAGCAUGGCAUGUGUGUGUAGCCUUUAAUUUGCGAGGUUUGUAACCUUGCUUGGAGAAACUCAGGAAGAUCUUGACAUUGCUGAUAGCUUUGCACUGUAUUGUUCCCGCUCAGCCUGUUGCGGCGUGUGGAACCUGGCUGCGUGUUUGGUUUUAUGCGUCGUGUGACCUAAGCUACAUCCCUUGGGUGCUAUGUGUAUAGUGUUUCUCGCAAGAAUAAUGUGUACGUUCUUCGGUAUGGUGGUGACGUGCAAACAAUAUCAAAGCAAGAGCACGUGCAGGCUUGCAGAGCCGGGAAGACUGCGCAUGUGGCUUCUGCAGGUCAGGUUGAUGGUGGAUUGUGGCGUAGUAAAGUGUGGUAGUCAUUUUAGGCACUCGCAGGGACAAGGGGGCCCAGACAAGUGAAGAGAGUGUAGAUGCACACAGCGGCUUGGGCCAGCAGACGGUUGGGGUAGGAGUUAGGUACCCCUGGGUAGCUCAGAGCAUCUCCACAGGUGUAGAUGUCAGCCAACAACCAUUAAGUGACGCCUUAACUGAUGACGUGAUCCGUUGAUUGUUGGGGUCUGGGCACUACAGGACUACGCUGCACACUACGGAACUACGCCAAGCACCUGCACCUUCCUCUGCCCCAUACUCCCAUCGCGCCCUCACGCGCUCCCGACUCA